AUGUCGAACCACGCAGCAGAGAACAGCCCCACUGCGGCCGUGAAUCUUCCCAGCGACGAAUCAGGGAGCAGCAACGGCAGCAGCAGUAACACCUCCGUGCAGACGGCGAAACCUGAGGUGGCACACCCUCCCCCCACCACAUUUCCUCCACCGAAAACAGACAAGCCACGGCCGCACAUCUGUACCACCUGCACACGCUCGUUCGCACGACUGGAGCACCUGAAGCGCCAUGAGCGGUCGCACACCAAGGAGAAGCCCUUCGAAUGUCCCCAAUGCACACGAUGCUUUGCGCGGCGCGAUCUCCUGUUGCGCCAUCAGCAGAAGCUGCAUCAGCAGGGCGCGACCACUGCGAGACCUCGCAAUGCCCGGCGAGAAAGCACAACCGGGCUACCUCCCAACUCCACAAACCGUGUUCGUAAGAACUCCAUAUCCAGCAACGCAAGCAGCUUCAUCCCUGGCACGGGGAGCAUGAGGCCGCGCGCCAAUACCAUUAGUCACAUCCCCACCGAUCAGAUUGCAAACUUCAUGGCAACACACAACGGGUCGAUAUCCAGAGGCAGUGGCGGUCACCCAGGCCACUCACACCAUGCUAGUCUGUCUGGUAUGGCUGGGCCUGGCCUGUUCGAUUACCGAGGCAUGUCAACGGCGGUAGGCUCCCACGGGCAACAGCAUGGACUGCCACGGCUAGACACACAUACUGGCUUUGGCGGCAUGGGCGGAGGUGGACUUCGUACAGCGCCAGCACAAGGUAUGCCAGGGCCUGACGAUCUCGAGCUGGAGAAGUUCUUUGGCGCCUCUUCUGGGUCCACCAUCAACCCCAACCAGCUGCAUCACUUCAACGGUAACCUUGCUCACCCGCAGUCGCCCUUUCGACAAUUCGCCAACCCGUUCGCUGGCAACAACCCAAUUGAGGAAGACGAUUUCGCAUGGAAUGCAGGCAUGGAUAAUUCGAUGAUGUUCUCAAGCGAGAACGCUAUCGAGGAAUCUUCUCCGUCAGCCAUCAGCACUGCAAGCCAAGGCGCAUUCAACGAGGUCAUGUUGGACGGAUCAGGUCAACCAACCUCCGCGGCCAUGUGGCAUAACCCCAUGCCUAGCCACUCCCACAUCAACCAUCUGGCCUACACAGAUGCCAUGGCUCCUGUAUUUCCUGAGCUGAUGAUUAACACCAUGACAACACCAGAGCUCGUGGAUCCUUCAACGCAGAAUGACUUCUACAUCACCUCGCCCCCUCCCCUAUCGGCAAUGAGCCCUUCAGCAGGUAUCCCCGGUAUGCCAAACCAGUAUUUCCAGGCGCCCAUGACGUUUCAAUCUGAUGCCGGCAGCAUUUCAUCGGCGUCCAUCAAUGGUAGCGCACGACACAGCUCGGUAACUUCGGUCUCUACUGAGACAAUCACAGAUGCUACGCGCCAAGCCAUGAUUAUCAACCUGCAGCAAGCCCUCGAAAUGGGCAACGGGCAGCGGCGCUUUUCCCAACCGCACAUUAGCUCUCCUCUAUCGGCGCACGGCCAGAUUGCGACGCUCCCAAGCACCACGGACAUCCAACGUUACGUGAAUGCUUACAUACUAUACUUCCAUCCCCACAUGCCAUUCUUACAUAUCCCAACGCUAUCGUUUGAUACGCCAACAUACACGUAUCAGGUUCGCACGCCUAGCGAUUAUCACCAUGACGGCAUGGUCGGUGGCGGCGGUUGCCUGAUCCUCGCCAUGGCUGCGAUAGGCGCUCUGUAUGAGUUCGAGCCAGUCGUUGCCAAGGAUCUUUUUGAGGCUGCCAAGAAACUGAUUCUGUAUUACUUGGACGAGCGUCGCAGGGCUGGCCUGUCAGCUGCAGUGAACGGACCUAGCGCAUCGAACGAGUCAGUCAACAAGCCUCCCCUAUGGCUGGUUCAAGCCAUGCUACUCAAUCUAAUUUUCGGACACAACUGCGGCGAUCGACAAGCCGCUGAGGUCGCAAGCACUCACUGUGCAGCUUUGGUCAGUCUUGCCAAAGCUGCGGGUUUGGACAAGCCCGUGAUUCCGGAGCAGAGGACGCAAAGCCCACUGAAUCACGCCAAUGGAGAUGACAUGCCCAUGACAGACGAUUUGAAUGGCCAUGCGGACUCGCCUUCCGACAUGCUCGACGAUCACAGUCGGUGGAUGCAGUGGAAGAAGGUGGAAGAGAGGAAAAGAACAUAUUACGCCGUGUUUUCCAUGUCAAGCUUGCUUGUCUCAGCGUACGCACACGCUCCGCGGAUACUGAACUCUGAGAUUCGACUCGACCUCCCUUGCGAAGAAGAUCUAUGGUCUGCUGAGAACUCGCAAGCAUGGAUGGGGUUGGGAGGAUCCAUGAUCGCCCAGACACGAAACUUGUCCUUCAACGCUGCUAUGACCUACCUGCUCGAGGCAAGCACUCGCCAAGGUGCACCUCGUGUCCAGAAUUCGUAUGGCCAGCCGUUCGGUGGCAACUCCCUCUGCGACCAGAUGGAGAGCGACAUUCAACCCAGCACCUUCGGCUGUUACGUUCUGAUCAAUGCGUUACACGUGUACAUCUGGGAAACGCGACAAAGACAUACUGGCCGACUAUGGAAGACCCAGGAAACGGAGGCCAUGCAUGCACAGGUGGAGCCUGCUUUAAAGGCUUGGCAGGCUGCCUGGAGAGCCAAUCCAAACCACAGCAUCGAGCGACCAAGUCCCUUUGGACCAUUGUCCGCAGACUGCAUACCCUUGCUGGAUCUCGCCUAUGUCCGGCUAUUCGUGAACCUCUCCCGGGCGAAAGAACUCUUGUGGCAGCGAGACUUUGAUGGCAUGGCCAAUGAACUCGCCAAAGGAGUGGACAUUGUAGCUCAAGCUGACGGGACGCCUGAACGCUCGGAUUCCGCGAAAGCGGGUUCGCCCGGUCAUUUUGCCCAACAGCUCGACGGGGUCGCAUUCGCUGGACCCACAGGUAUACAGCAGUCUUCCAAACGCGAGAGGCACCUUCGAAAGGCAGCUUUCUACGCUGCCGACUCUUUGUCCAUGGCGGACAAACUGGGCGCUACCUAUGCCGACUUCACUGCGAGAGAGCUACCAAACUCGUCUGCGCUAUGCACAUUUGACUGUGCGCAGGUGCUCGCUGAGUGGGUCGCGACUGUUCAGGAUCGCGUCGGUCGUUAUCUUGGUGUGCUGGGCAGAGACGAUAUCGACUACUCGACGGUCCCUGCCAUCAUGUGCCUUGAGGACGAGGACGUCAAGCUGUUGCAGAAGAUCGCAGACAUUCUGCACAAUGCUGAUAUGAAGAUGGCUUAUGAUGCUUCGAUCCACAACAUCAUCAACACCGUCUUGCCGAGCAUGAGUCGCUGCGGUUUCGGUUCCAAGCUUUUGAUGGUCACCUCUUACAUGCUGUCAAAAGCUGCCGUCUGGCCUGCAGUCACCCAGGUACAAGCACGGGCACUAGAGGCGCACGCUCAAUGCAUCAACCAACGCGCCGAAAACUCUGUUCUUGCUCUAGGCUCGUAA